AUGUUUCUGGUAGUAGCUAAGGAGCCACAGACUAUAAAUAAGGCACUUAGCUCACCAGAAUGGCUUGCAGCUAUGCAAGAGGAGAUAAAUACACUUCACCAAAAUAAAACCUGGACACUGGUGCCCAAGGCACCUAGUAUGAACAUAGUUGGCUCCAGGUGGGUGUUUAAAACCAAGUUAAAGGAUGAUGGAUCCAUUGAUAGGUACAAGUCAAAACUAGUUGCCAAAGGUUAUUCAGAGCUUGAAGGAGUAGACUUUGAAGAAACCUUCAGUCGAGUUGUUAAAGUAACUAUUAUAAGAGUAGUUCUCUCAGUAGCUGGGAGUCGCCACUGGUGUAUCGAGGUCACCUACUUUACUGAAGGCAUUCAUCUGAAUCAAAAUAAAUAUGCUGCAGAAUUACUUGCCAAGAAUAACAUGGCACUUGCUAAACCAAUAAGCACAACUUUAGCAUAG